ACAUUGUUCUCGCCUGUUGGUCCCGGGUGGUGUUCUUCCUCGGCCAUUAUUAUAACUAAUUAUUUACGGGAAUUUGGAUAUUCCUAGAGAAGAUGUCGUUCUUCUGUCUGAUGCAGGAGCUAUAUAAAUACUUCGUGAAAGAGUAAAACUACUGAUGAGUUAGCUGCAAGUCUUAGUCUGCUUUCAAGCCUAGUUGUACAAGUGUAGUUGAAGUUUUCUGCUUUACCAUACUUGUCAACCAGUAAACACCAUGGAUACCUCAUGGGGUAGUUUGCCAGUUAAGCUUCUGACUCCUGUCAGACAAACGAUCAAGGACUUUGGUUUUCAGAACAUGACCCCUGUCCAAGCAGCUUGCAUCCCAUUACUCCUUAGUCAUAAGGAUGUGGCAGCUGAAGCAGUAACUGGGAGCGGAAAAACACUAGCAUUCCUGGUCCCCGUUAUCCAGAUUUUAAGGCAGCGUGAAGAACCUUUAAAGAAGCACGACGUUGGCGCCCUCAUUGUGUCCCCAACUCGUGAGUUGGCCACACAAAUUCACGAAGUACUGCAAGGUUUCUUAAAACACUCACCACAACUGACUUCCAUGCUCACAGUUGGAGGAUCGUUUGCUGGUGAUGACGUUCAGUUUUACAAAACUAAUGGUGCCCACAUUGUUGUAGCCACACCUGGUCGACUUGAGGACUUACUGGCUCGAAACACAGUUGAAGGUCCAAGUCUUGCUGCUGGUGUAAAAGCUGUAGAUGUAUUAAUCCUUGACGAAGCUGAUAGAUUAUUAGAUCUGGGCUUUUUUAGCACUCUGAAUACCAUCUUAGCUUAUCUUCCCAAACAAAGAAGAACUGGUUUGUUCUCUGCCACACAAACCACUGAUGUGAUCAGUCUCAUUCGUGCUGGUCUGAGGAAUCCAAUUCAGGUGAAAGUGAAAGAAAAGGAGGCAACAGGUGAUGAAAGAACACCCCUGUCUUUACAAAAUUAUUACAUGGUGUGCGAAGAGGAAAAAAAAUUUGCAACUCUGGUCAGUCUUCUGAAAGCGAAAGAAUCAGAGAAGACGAUGACUUUUUUCCCAACAUGUGCUUGUGUGGAGUACUUCACUGUUGUGUUGAGAGAAGUAUUGAAAAAUACACAAAUUUUGUCCUUACAUGGUAAAAUGAAAGACAGAAGAUUUAAAGUAUUCGAUCAGUUUCGGUCACUUGAAUCUGGGGUUCUUUUAUGCACAGAUGUGAUGUGUCGUGGGGUUGACAUCCCUAGUGUUGAUUGGGUGAUUCAGUAUGACCCGCCCUCUACAGCAUCUGCCUUUGUUCACCGUUGUGGUCGAACUGCAAGAGGUGGGAACGAGGGAUCGGCAGUUGUCAUGUUGCUUCCGUGUGAAACUGAUUAUGUCGAAUUCAUCCAUCUGAACCAGAAGGUUACCUUGCAUGCUAUGGAGGCUCCGGCAGAUGUGCCAGACUUGUUGAAGAAGAUGAGAAAACUGCAGCUCCAGGACCGAUUGGUAAUGGAUAAAGCCAACCGAGCAUUCGUUUCAUUUAUUCAGUCAUAUGCAAAACACGAGUGUAAUGUUAUUCUUAACAUCAAAAGUCUUAAUCUUGGUCGUGUUGCCUCAAGUUUUGGCUUAUUGCGGAUGCCCAGAAUGCCUGAACUGAAGGGUGUGACCAUUACUGAUUUUCAACAGGUAAAAAUGGAUUACAAUGCAAUUGCCUAUAAAGAUAAACAGAAGGAAAAAAGCAGGCAGCAAAAACUCAGUACAUACAGAGAGACUGGUCAGUGGCCCGGCAUGAAGCCAUUCACACCAAAGACUGUGUCUUGGUCAGAUAAGAAGGACAAGAAAGCAAAGAAGAAGAAAAAGAUUGAGAAGAAAAUGAAGAAGCGAAGCCAUCAGUUUACACAAGAGGAGUUAGAUGAUCUUGAGGAAGACAUUCGCAUGGUGAAGAAGUUGAAGAAGGGCAAAAUAAAAGACAAGGAUUUUGAUAAGUAUUUUGGCUGUGAAGCUGAAGCUGAAAUUGAAGGAAAUUCUGAUGAGAAAAAUAAGUUGAAUGAAAAGUAAGAAUUUUUGGUGGUACAGGUAUUAAAAUCUAUUCUUGGAGAUAUAAAUAGAGAUGUAAUUACUGAAAUUAUAAAUUGUGAAGUUUUGUAACCUGUUAACUGUAAACCAGUACAGUAUAUAUUUAAGGAAUCUGACAGAGUGUAUGUUAUUGUUGAUAAAAAUGUACACCUGAGUAUGUUGAUAGGUAUUAUUGAUGAUUUUUGUAUGGCAACAGUUAAGUCACUCUCACAUAAUCUUCAAGUUUUAUGAUGGAACACAGUAUGUACAUUAUAAAUAUAAAUAUAUACUGUAAUCUGCAUAAGGCUUUCAUUAAUCAGAACUCAGGAAGUGUCAUUAAAACUAUAUUUCUAUAUUUUCCUGGGGAAUUUUUUUUUUCAGUACAAGUACAAAGAAAAUAGAUGUUCCUGUGGUAGAGGUGUGAGAGUAUCAAAGAGUAAAAGAGCAGUGACACUUGUUUUAAAACUUCAGUACAGUGUUGUAUUACAAUAUGGUCUGUAUUAGAAAAGUACCAUGAAUAGAAUUGCUGAACUAUGUACAGUACUGUAUAGCUAUUUCAGAUGAUAAGCCAGUCAAACCUAACCUUACCUAGCUCCAUCUCCUCUAGGACUGUUUAAUUGUUGUCGUCUGAUUUAGAAGUAAGGUGACUUGAUACUCCUGUUUCUGGUACUUUUCUGAUAUUGGUCGUCUUGCUGCUGUGUUGAACAUUUGUUGAAGGAUAUGUGAUUCAAGACUAAACUAGAUCUGGUGUUAGUAAGAUGUAAGGUUGAAUUGAUUUACCUAUGAAGUGGCCCUGAACAUAGCAGAUUUAUCUUUUUGUCUCGUGAAGGAAUUUUUUUUAUAUUAAAUUAAGGAUUGGGGUCCAGUCUGAGGGAGCCCCAAUCCUAUUGCUUGGAUCAUGUUAGGCAGGGUUGGAACCUGUUUGGAGUGGGAUUUAUUUGAGUAACAAUACUAUAUUCUGAUGAGUUCCUUCUCCCAUGAUGAUAGAUGGCUAUUUAUAUUAAUUCUUACUGAAACAUUUUUGCCUCUGACCAUUUCCACACCAAGUGUUUCCUAGCAAUAUUGCAUUCCACAUUCUAUUUUGCCUCUCAAAUAAAGGGAGGACAUGUCACUUGGACUGAGACAAAUAUCUUGAGAGGCCUUUGGUAAUAAUAAAUCAACAUUUAUCUGUGGAUAUUCUUCUUGUUAUCUUUGCACUUUUCUGUCAUUUUCUACAUUUGUCUUACACCAUUCUUCCUAUUUACUUCUCCCCAGUCUUUGUAGUUUAUUUUACCACUUGAUCUACACAACACAGAAGUAACAAAAGAACAGUAGUAAGAUUUUAUUCUCAUUAUUUUCAUUUGACAUUUAUGUUUUACCGUAAUUUGAUACAAUUAACAAGUGUCUCAUUUUAAGAUAAAAAAUGUAACGACGAUUAUAUCCAAGUCACCGGUACAGUAAAGUAUUUAUACGGCACUGGAUGGAAUAAGAUAUACUCAAAUGUAAUUCAUGUCAUGCAAUGGUUUAUACAGAGACAGUCUAAAUAUAUACAGUAUCCACAAAGUUUAGACCUUGAGUACUGUAGUGGUGAGAGUACCAACACUAGUAAGUAUAUGAUUAUUUUAUGGAUCUGAGGCCAAUAGUGAUCUCCCGGUCUUUAGGAUAUACUGUACUGAGUAUAUUUCCGUAAUAAUUUUGUUGUUGUUGAUGAUGCAUAUUUUUUUUAUAGUACUGCACAGUUAUGUUAAAAAUACUGCACUCCCUCAAAUGUAUGGUAUUGUGUACUCAUCCCAUGCAUCCUCAGUAUAAGUUCUGUUUUCAUAUUUGAGUCUGAAGGUGUGUUACAAAAAAGUGCCAGCAAUGUAGAAAUUAAUUUGCAUUUUCUUUAUGGUCCCUAUGCAUGAGUAGGUGGUAACAAAUCAACUGUGAAUAGUGUGUUUGUUUUUGCAUUUCCUCUGUUGUUGUGUUUUUAUUGGGAGAUCAUUUUGACUACCUCAGGUCAGUUACAUUCUUUAGGUUAUCAGUAAAAAAACAGCUCUUUGAAGUA